AUGACCCGCCUCUCAACCUGCAUCGCCUUGGCUCUAGCCCUCGUCAGUUCCACCCUCGUCAUGGCCCAAGACCCUAUCGUCGCCCCUACCCUGCCCGUCGGCUGUAUGAUCGCCACCCCCCAGAAGCACCUCACACAAGGCCACCCAGAAGAGAUUGAAUUCCAGAACUGCAAGGGUAUCGGAAACGUCUGGCUGCGCUACGGAAACGAGAUGGACCUCGCUACCGACAAGACCCCUGCCUGUCCAAACGUCCAGUUCACGGGUGGUCGUGAUACUUGUACUUUCACUGCUGAUCGCCCAGGGUUGUUUGUUCUUUCGACGACUGAUGGGAGUAAUGUUGAGACGUUUAGUGGAGAUUUUACGGUGGAUCCUGCGCCUGUUGUUGAAGCCCAUGGCCCGGCCGCGGCCCCUGUGGCCAAGGCUGUCAAGGGUGACACGGCUGGUCCUCAUGUCCAAGGCCUCAAGGGUGUGACUCCCGGUAUUGCUCCUCAGGCGAAGAAGAUACCUGCUUCGGUGGUGCCCAAGACUGAGAGUUUGGGUGGAGCAACUCAAAAGGUGGAGCCUAUGGGCGGUACCGAGAAGGGUGCAGCCGGAUCUGCAUUCGCCAAACGUGCUCUCUAUGACAUGGCCGGCUUCUUGGCCCUGUAG